AUGCUACCAUCAGCCACAGAAGCACUCACCGAUUCCUGUCUAUCAGAAGAUUGGAGAGCUUACGAAGCAUAUGCAGGUCUUUUUGCCAUGUUGGCUAUACUUGCCAUGCAACUUAUCGAAUUUAUUGCUCAUCACCAAUUACAUCGAGGAUCGAACAAAGCCGAUCCACAACCAGCUGAAGCGCCUGUCGAACACUGUGAAGAAGAAGCGGGUCAUAACCAUGGUUUAUCGCUUCUGCAAGAAAGUCAUAAUCAUAAGGUGAGCACCUACCUGCUUGAAUUCGGUGUCGCUCUUCAUUCGGUUCUCAUCGGUGUGGCAUUAGGCACUGAAAAUGGUUCAACUUUUGUUGCUCUCUUCAUUGCACUCUGUUUUCAUCAGUUCUUCGAAGCGAUCGCGCUCGGAGCACAGAUUUCACGGUUGAACAUUAAGUCCAUCGUGCCAGCCAUCUUUAUGAUUAUCUUUUUCACUUUAACCACACCGGUAGGUAUUGCUAUUGGUAUUGGAAUCCAUUCCGGCACAUACAAUCCAAAAUCAGUAGCCGCAUUGAUGGUGAAUGGAGUGUUGGAUUCAGUAUCAGGUGGUAUUUUGAUUUAUGUGGCACUGGUCAAUUUAAUGGCUGCAGAGAUGGGUGUUGGAGCACAUGCAUUUUUUGCUUUGAAAAAACGAUUCAAAGUUUUAUAUUUUGCUGCAUUGUAUCUUGGUGCGGCUCUCAUGGCCGUUAUUGGACGUUGGGCAUAA